CGCUAUUUAAGCAAUAGCGAAAAUCAGACCUGAAAAAAAUCAGGCCUGUAUCUCAAUUGUAUCUCAAAGAGAAGGAUAGUUAGUGUUGUUCAAGUGAGAGUGCCUAUUCUACCCCAACAGAAAAGGUAUUGAAAAAACGGGAUACUAACAAUGAAGUGAGCAAUAUACAUGUCAGGAAUCUUCCGAUUGCUUCUAACACAAGAGAUUUUCCCGAAAAUAUUCACGUUAAAACGACCCACAGAUUCGACAUACUUAACUAUUUUUAAUGUCCCAAAGACGAAAACUCGCUCAAUCACACGUCGCCUUGCACAUGGUUAUCUUUUCUUAAAUCCUAAUCUUACAUCACGUGAUUACAGCUAAUCAAUGGGUAACGAGAACAAAAGGAACAAAGUUCACUUCCACAGUGUGACAGUCACACAGUCCAUUUCUCAACAUACAUUAAUGUUCCAAUAUACUGUUUUCCGUGUUUUCUCUUUAUUCCUAUCAAGAUAUAUAUUGAACUACCUCCGCGAUGGUGACCUUCUUUACCCUGAUGACCAAACUGCUAAAGAGCAGCUCCUGAAAGAAGCAAAGUUUUACCAAGUUCAAGGUAUAAUUAGUUAUCUCGAGGAAGCGCUGUCUCCAAUACACUCAUCAAUAAUAAAGGAUAAAAAUCACGUUUCAACUCUUCUGUCUUGGAUGUCACCUGGGACUACUUUUUCUCUGCUGUAUUGUGCCUCUGUAAAUGGCAAAAAUCCUGGUAUUUUUCACCGCUGUUGUGAUAAGAAAGGGCCUACUCUUUUGGUGAUCAAAAGUGGAGAAUACAUCUUUGGUGGCUAUGCUUCAAAGUCCUGGAGAUCAGCUCUAUCCGUGCGAGGCAUUGAAGAUAGCAAAUCUUUCCUAUUCACGCUGGAAGGUCCUUCUGGAAGUGAACCGAUAAGGAUUAAUCCAACACCCGGUGCGCAUGGUGGCAUAAGGUGUUAUGAUGUAAUAGGCCCUUGCUUUGGAACCCAAAGGCACUAUGACCUUGAAGUACGGGGUAACUUCAGCGCAACUCUUGAUCUAGGUAGCGGCUUUGACUACAGUUUUGAUGAAGAUUCUGACUUCUCUGAGAAAAUGUUUUUUGAAUUGGAUGAACUCGAAGUAUUCAAGGCUAACUUAGUCUGACACAGAACCCCUUGCUUAAGAUAAUCAGAUUAACAACAACAACAAUCUUUUUUUCCUUACAAGCUAUUGCAAAGAAUAUUGAAAAUAAAACUAACGUAUUGGAUGCCUGGAAUAACCAUUGGGGACUAGUGGAAAUAGGCAGCCAGUUGCCAUCAGCGUUACAUUAUAUGAAAUUUGAUUAGAGAGAACUCAUCUUUUUUACCAUCGAAGCGGCCUAUUCCAAUAUCUUAGGUUGUAGUACGGGUGAAAAGGCGAGGAACGCAAAUUAACUAAUGCAACAGUAAGUAAACAAAAUUGAAUUAUCCUUGGUAUAAUAAACAACGAACCAGAUGAUUAGAUCGCCGUUAAAAAAUAAUAUUUUUAAGAUCAACUUGCAACAGCUUUCUGAAUCUUGUAAUUCAGUGGUUUUAGUUUUUUUUAACUAAAUUUGCAAAGUGACCGGUACAAGUAGCAGUUGCUUUAUAAAUACAUAGAUUGUGUGAAAUAUUAGGCGUCACUGAAAGAUACCCCACCCAUAAAAACCGUAACUCCUUUAAAAUCUCAGACAUGGGCAGAUUACAUUACUUUGUAACACUGCUUGCCAUGAGUACUUUACAUCGUUUUCAUAAAAGUUAGACUCAAAGUUACAGAUUUGUGUAAAUUAAUCGCCGGUCGACUCGCCGAC